AUGGAUACGUCUAACAGGGCGAAAACCGUUGCCUUCGUCCUGGCCGCAGGUAGAUGGUACACUGGCGGCUUUGAGCUGCCAGUUGCCGGAGUGACCCUGUGGCAUCUUGUUGAGUGGAAAGUCAAUGAUAUCAAACAAAAGAAACGUUCGCGAAGCGUCCCCAGAUCAGCACUUGCAGCUUUUCGAGCGAAACAAAAGACUGAUGUUGAUAAUGAAGCGGCAAUGGCUGCGGCAGAUGAUCAAUCUGUGGGUUCUGUAUAUUCACAUAAUCCAUUUGCUCCACAAAAUUCAUUGCGCCAACGACGAUCUCGUUCUGCUGAUAUUAACGCACGCACUGCUGCUGUUAAUGGUCACCGACCGAGAUCUGUCAGUGUGUCAAGGCGGGUUGGUGGUCAUGAUGCAGACGACGUUUCGGUUCUGUCAUUCACAAGUCAAAACAAGCAGAACCUAAACCGUGGUGCCAUCAAGAAGAUUCCGUUUAGUCAGCAUGAAGAAAUUGUGGAAUUCUUGAACGGUAAACUGGAAGGUGCAAUGGAACAGCACAACAAGAUGAAGAAGGCGCUUGAGGUUCAGAAUCAAAAGCUGGCUGAAGUUGCCCAAGCAUAUGAAGGCGAGAAGCGCAAGAAUCUACGAUCGAAAGAUGUGAUUGAGAAGAUGAAUGGAACAUUAGACCAUGAAAAGAAGAAAGCAAUGGAAACUGCUGACUCCCAAGGUUCUACUCUUCAUCAGCUCUAUGAUAAACAAGCACAGCUGGAGAUUGAACAAAAGAAGGUCUCCCAACUGGAGCAGUCGGAAAAUGAACUUCAAAAAUCACUUGAUGAGGCGCAGCAAAGAAUUCUUGAGCUGCAAACCACUGCUCAGAAAUCAGCAGGCCAAGACGGCGGCAUGAAGGAGCUCUUCGACAUUCAAAACGAAAGAAUCGAGACACUUCAAGAGACUCAAGCUGAAUUGGAUGAUCUUUUGAAUCAAGAGCGUGCAAAGAUCGCCAAGUACGAGAAGGAACGAAGUGUUACACGAAGAGAAGCAGGAAGCCUUUCGUGGGAAGAAUCGCGAGCACCAAAAGAAGAAAUUAUUUUCAAGAAGAACCAAGAAAUUGAGAACUUGGAGAAGAUUACUCAGCAUGCUCGACUGCGUCAACUAAAGUCGCAAAAGCUUUGGAAACUUGAGAAAGAACGCGCUUCAAAAAUUGAAAAGGAGCUCGCACGAGUCUCAGAACUUCAUGAGAAGGAAAUGAAGAAAGCCCGAUCGUUGGAGACUGCGCAACUCAAUGGUGAUUCCAGUGGCUCAAAGAUGAAGAGGGAACUCUCCAAGGCGCAACAUGCAAACGAAGCGACAAAAACGUUCUUGAAGGCGGAAAAGCAAAAGGUUCUCAACCUGCAGAAGUCAUACAAGGAAGCUUUGGAAAAGCUGAAAAAAGAACAAGAAAAAGCCCUUUCGUUUCAGAAGAAGAUCGAAUCCUCCGAAGAUGUUCUGCACUCGGAGCGAGCAAAAUUCAAAACUUUUGAGCCCCGACUUCAUGAGAACGAGAAGAUCAUCGCGGCGCAGAAGUCAAGGAUUGCUGAACUUGAAAAUGCCAUUACUGAGGAGAAAAAGAAAAUAUCCGACGUCAUUGUCAAGAGCAGUCAUCACAGUAACGAAAUCACUGCUGUCGAAACCAAGGCUUUGAGCUUCAGACGUAAUCUUGAGCAAACUUCGCAGAAGGUGAAAGAUCUUGAGGAGACUCUGAAGGAGAAACAAAAGAUCAUUCAACAAGAGCGUCAGCGAGCCGAGGACAAGGAAAAUCUUUAUAAUGUCGUCAAGUCAAACUUGGCAGUUGAGGAAGCCAAACGAACUGCUCUGGAGGAAGAACGCCUGUCAUUGCAGAAGAUGCUUCAUGAUGAAAGGAGUAGGACUUCGAACAGGGACAGAGCUCUUAACUCACACGAGGCGUCUGUUUCUUCCUUGGAAAAUCGAAUCAGGACACUGGAAAACGAUCGUACCGAGAUGCAAAGCAAUCUGCAGUCCGAACGCAACAGGUGUCGUGAUCUCGAAAAUGAGAGUAAGGCGCUGAACGACCAUGUUCGAACCAAGGAAUCGGAGGUCGAAAUGGUCGAGCGACGCCUUCGUGAUACGACAUCUACGCUUGAAUACACCAACAAGAAACUCAAGGACGCCGAAGAAGAACGAGAAAGUCUUCUCGCUAGGCACCGAUCUCAAAUGGAAAGCAACAUGGAAGAGCAAGAUCGCCUUCGUGCUUCAAGUAAUAAUGAUCAAUCUCGAAUCUUAACUUUGGAGAAGACUGUACGAGAGAAGGAUCUUGAGAUUGAGGCAGCAAAGAAGAAGAUCAGCCUACUUACUGAUGAAUGCGACAUGCUAAAACGAAAAAAGGAUGCUGAAGGAGAGAGUAGUAGAUCACUUCACAUCAAGCAUGUGGAGAUGAGAAACGAAUUGGAAGAUGCAACUGCAAGGGUCAGCAGACUUGAAGCCGAACUCACUGACAAGCGACGAGAGCUUGUGGCGGAACAGAAACGAGCGGCUAGCAACUCUGCGGAACACACGCGAAUGAAAGCAGCGCUGGAGUCAGAGCGUACCAAGUCAGCAGGUCUUGAAAUCCAGAAGAAGAAGCUCUCUUCACUUCUCGAAGCUGAAAAGGCAAGAAUUCAAUCCUUUGAACGCCUUGUUGAGCAGAAGGACAAAAGUCUUUCGGUGGAGCAUAGGCAAACCGAGGAGUACACCUCGAAGGUUGCAAAUCUUGAGAGGGACGUUGCCGAAAAGGAGAACCUUCUGAAGUACGAGAAGGAGUCAGUAGAACUUCUCGAAAAUUCCCUUGCUGAGACCGAAAAGAAAUUGGAAGUAGCAAAUGAAAAGGCAGCAGAUCUUGAAUGCGAGAUUAGCAGCUUGAAAGAGACGCUUUCUGAACAAGAGAAGAAGCAUGAGGAACUUGAAGCGACAAUCCAAGAGAAAGAAUCUAUGAUUCAAGGUAGCGAGGCUGCUGUACAGGCUUCUCUUGAACAGAUGAAUUCUAUGGUGAAGCAAAAGCAACAAGAGUUCGAUACCAAACUUCAAGAACACGCCGUCAUGGUAGAAGAAUCAAAGAAACGUCUUGCGGCAAGGGAAAGGGAACUGGAAUCAAUCAACGAUGAGCGCAAGAAAGAAAUUCAAAAAUUGGUUGAAAGACAAGAAGCAAUCCUCGCAGCGAAGAAGAAGAGCAUUGAAUCAGCGGUAAGCGACAAGGUAUCCAUAAUCGACGAGAAGGAGGCCAUCAUCAAGGAAAAUAAAAUGGAAAUCGCAGUGGCGAAAGCCAACAUUGAGACGGAAAAGAAGGUUUCCAGAGAACUUCAAGGACAGCUAGACAUUCUUGGUGCUGAGCUCGAUUCAGUGAAGAAGGAAUCGGCAGCAUUGGGAGAAACCCUUAAGGAGAAAGAAAAGAAACUUGAUUCACUUGAAGAACAAAUUCUUGAUCAGGAUCAGCUAACAGUCACCAUUUCACAACAACAGGCUCAAAUGAUCGAACUCAAGCGAAUGGCGACUGAAAAUGUCGAAGUAAAGAAGAAGCAAGAAGAAAUCAGAGUGAUCGAGGAGUCGUUUAACCAACACAAGGAAAAACACUCGGCGCUUGAAGAGGAACACCAAGAAUUGAAGCGUGUGAAGGAACAGAAGGAAGCUGCCAUCAAGGAGCUGGAAGAUAGCUUGCAGUCAAGAGACUCGAUUAUUUCUCAGAAGGAGAAGACAAUCACAGAUCUAGAAUCCACACUGAAUAUGGAAGAAGAGAAAUUCAAGACUCUGGCAGAGCAAUUCCAGAAGAGCAAUGAGGAGCAUUCUGCCUUCGAAAAUGAAAUCAGAGAACUUUCCGCAAAGCUUGAGAAGAGGGAAACUUUGUUGUCGGCAAAGGAGGAAGAGGUUGCGACUCUACAAAAGCAGAUGACAGACGAGGGAUAUGUUCACGAGGCGUUGAUGCAACGAAAGGAAGAAACAAUUUGUCAACUGCAGAGAUCUACGAAUCAGCAGAAUGCAAAUGCCGGAAAGGAGGUAGAAAUGGCCAUGGAAAAGGUGAAAGAGCACGAGGAGAAGGUUCAAGCUCUGCAGCAAUCCUUGGACGAUAAGCUUAUCAUGGUCGCACAGUUGCAACAAGGCAUCACCGUAAUGGAGGAUGAAUUGAAGGAAACCAAGUCAUAUUAUGAGAACCUUGUCAGACCGGAAGAAGUUCGAAAGAUGGGCAUGAAAAUGCGUGAGAUGCUAUCUGAAACCCACCAAUUGAACUCGCUGAGUACGAAAGGCGCUCCAGCGGAAGGAACCGAGAGGAUAGGAGAUAUUAUCGACGGAACUCACAGUAGCCGUGGCGUAUCGGACUUGCGCAACAUUCUUUUGGCUACAUCUGUAAUCAAUUAUGGAAGAGAUAACUAG